AUGACAAGCAUUCCAGAAGCUACAUAUGUCUGUGGAUAUGAGCUUGAUAGUAGCUCAGAACAGUCAAGCAGGGAAACUACCUCUUUCUCUUCGGAUAUUCAAGUUGCCGGUAUGCCCGUGCCUCACCAGAUGACAGGUCUGACACAAGCCGGUACACCAACGCAUCUCUCUCAGAACAGAGAUCAUCACUCACCUCAAGACCAGCAUCGCACAACACACGAGGCUUGA